CAGUAAUCAGGUUAAAACCCGGAAGUAGUGCUCCCCUCGUUUGAAAAUGUCGUCGCUCCAAAGGCAGGCUUGAUGUCAUAUUCCCCGGUGAUUGAUGUCAUGUUCCCCGGUGAUUGAUGUCAUGUUCCCCGGUGAUUGAUGUCAUGUUCCCCGGUGUGCGGUCACGGUGUGUUUAACGCCUCAGCUUCUCCGCCGUCACAGCAGCUGAUCAUGGCCGAGCUGCAGGGCGUGGAUCCCGGCCCGGGCCCCGGCUCUGCCUCUGCCGAGGUUCGUCUGCCGUCGCCCGGCCUGCUCAGCCCCCACUCGGUCAACGGCUUCCCCGCCAAGAGCGGCCACACCGACGCGGCCGAGCGUCCCGGGUCCCGCUGGGUCCGCCUGAACGUCGGCGGGACUUACUUCGUCACCACCAAGCAGACUCUGUGCCGGGAGCCCAAGUCCUUCCUGUUCCGCCUGUGCCAGGACGACCCGGACCUGGACUCGGACAAAGACCAGACCGGAGCUUAUUUGAUCGACAGAGACCCGACCUACUUUGGACCCAUCCUCAACUACCUGCGCCACGGAAAACUCAUCCUGGACAAGAACCUGGCCGAGGAAGGUGUUCUCGAAGAAGCUGAGUUCUACAACAUUGCCUCGCUAGUCCGCCUGGUCAAAGAGCGAAUACGUGACAACGAGAACCGCACGUCACAGGGCACAGUGAAACAUGUGUAUCGGGUGCUGCAGUGUCAGGAGGAGGAGCUAACACAGAUGGUCUCUACCAUGUCUGAUGGAUGGAACUUUGAACAGCUGAUCAGCAUUGGCUCCUCCUACAAUUAUGGUAAUGAGGACCAGGCAGAGUUCCUGUGUGUGGUCUCUCGUCAACUCAACAACUCCACCAAUGGCGUCGUCAUCGAGCCCACCGAGAAGGCCAAGAUCCUGCAGGAGCGAGGCUCUCGCAUGUGAGGGGACGUCCCGCCCACCGAGCAAACUUUUGACUCCGCCCCCAUCGUGGUCAUCAUCACGCCCUCCCCCACUUCCUGUCUCCCGCCAACAGGAAGUGACGUGUCUGUCGCACAUAUCCGUGGCGGCCCCUGGCGUGCCCUCCUGUGGCCCCUCCCCCUCGCCAAAGCAUCCAUGAAGGCUUUGGACUGACUCCGCCUCUCACAGGACAUGUCGCCGCCCUCCAGCCAAUCACGGCACGUCUUAAAACUUAGUAAAUGUCAUCAGUGAAAAUGGCCGCCAUCUUGAAAUGUUGAUGCACCUGGGGUGGGCGGGGCUUAGAAGGUGCAGGAUGCUAGCAAAGUGAAAGUGAAAGUGAAAGGUUGUGUCUGUUCUGGAAUCUUCAUGUCCUGCAACCUGUUGUGGUGCAUGGGGGCGGAGCCUAAUGAGCCAACAGGUGGUUAGCCUCCAAUCAGAUGUCCCACAAAGACUCAGAGUGUGUGUGUGUGUGUGUGUGCAUGUUGUUGUUGUUGUUGUUGUUGUUGACAGUAUUCCUCUCAUUUAAUGCACUUUUUGUCUACUUUGUUGCUGUGACACCAUAAACCUCCCUCUCACCUGUGCG